GUGUGCGUGCGUGCUGUUAACCCUGAGAGAAACCUUACACACACAUUUUCUUUGUUUAUGCCUUUGAAGAAAAGCGAGUGAGCGGAUGAAAUGACACGCGAAGUGGGAGAAAGUGCGAUGGAGCGGGUUCGGUGCGACCGGAGGAACUUUAAAGCAGCGGAGCGUCGGAUGCAGCGCUAGCCGGGAGAGCGCAGCCUGACGCCGGCUUGCUCGGCGCGCAAGACCCGGUCCCUGGUGCGCAUCGUUCCGGCUGUACAUGGUUGACAGGCCGAUAUUCCUGGUGGAGCAGCACGGGGAAGCCGCUGCGAGCGCCGCGUAAUUUGCAACCAUCCUCCCCGCUCGGACUUAUUUCUCAACCCCGAUCGAGGAGAGUGAAGCCCGGGCUGGCUGGCACUAGCGAUACGGGAGAAGCGCGGACCAAACUUCUCCCCGAAAAAGCUCCAUGAUGAUGGGGGAUUUCUCCGGGCCGGCCGCUGCGUGCAUCAACAGCGGCGCAAAUGUGAAUUUAUCCGCCGGAAGCAACGCUUCAACUCCGAAUAACAAUUGCCAAACAGGCGUUCCGAAGCACAGCACGGUGGUGGAACGGCUCCGGCAGAGGAUCGAGGGCUGCCGGCGGCACCACGAUGCCUGCGAGGCCCGCUAUCAGCAAGCGCACGCCGAGCAGAUGGAGCUGGAUCGCCGGGAAACUGCGGCUCUCUACCAGCGCACCUUGGAGCAGAAAGCCAAGAAGGGCAAACAGAGCAAGCAGCAGGAACCCGGCGGCGACACCGCGGAGCAGCGCAACAGCACUCUCAUCGCGCUUCAGGAGACGGUGAAGAGGAAGUUGGACAGCGCCGGUGCUCGAUCUCCUUUAAACGGUGACCAGAACGGAAUCUGUGAUGGAAGUUACUCCCCAACCACCAAGAGGCUCCGUAAGGAGGGAAACGGAGGCCUGGACUCUCUGGGCACUUUGCCCAACAACGUUCCCCCAAUUUCUCCACUUCACCAGAUGGACAUUAAGCCGACGUUACCCACGGGCAACAACGCUUCUAACAACACGGUGGGUAACGGCACCGCUGGUACCAACCACAUAACGGGACGGACUGAGGACCUGGUUAAGAACGGCGGUAUGCCAGGCAUUAAAAUGAACGGAUCGUUAGAUCUAGACGACGGGUUCAGCCUCCUCAAGGACCUGAAACAGGAGCCUCUGGAUGACGCGGCGGGAAUCGAAUCUUCCGACACCUCGCUGUCCAAUCAGAACAAGCUCUUCUCUGACAUCAACCUGAACGACCAGGAGUGGCAGGAGCUGAUCGACGAGCUGGCCAACACGGUUCCUGAGGACGACAUGCACGACCUCUUCAACGAGGACUUCGAGGACAAAAAGGAGAUCGGGGACUUCGGUCGACCCAUGACAGAGCCGACGCAAAACCUGCAGGACCCGGCGCCCCCUCAGGUCGCCACGGCACCCAAUAACCCACCACAGUCUCAGGGUGGGCAGUUGGGCUCGCCGCAGGUUAGACCAGCAUCUUCUGGACCACCGUUCGCCACAGCAGCCAAUGGGACGCCGCCCCAGCAGCCCUUGCAGCAGUCCCCGGCCGUCGCGGUGGCAUCGGGGUCUCCUGCGAGCUGCGUAGCCCGAUCCCCACAAACCCCGACCCAGGCCCAGACGCAGACCUCCAGACCUGGUAAUGGAUUCAUGAUGAAUCAGAGUGCCGGUGUGGGUCCUCCUGGGUCGACCGCGGUGCCACCAGGAGGUCCUGGACCAGGAGGUCCUGGAGGAGGAGGAGGGCCGGUUUCUGUUCCACCAACCACAGAACUCUCACCGGCUGAACAGCUGAAGCAAAUGGCAGCACAACAACAGCAGCGAGCCAAGCUGAUCCAGCAGAAACACCAACAACAGUCCCAGACGGCCAGCUGGUCUCCUGCAGGAGCACCAACGAGCCCGUACGGUGGUCCCUUCAACCCCGAUAAACCAAACAGCCCAAUGAUGUACCCACAGUCGUUUAACACCCCAAACUCCAUGGUGCCCAAACCUGGCAUGAACAACUACCUCCCGCAGAACCCCAUUAACAUCAUGAGCCAGCAACAGGCGCAGCAGCAACAACCCGCCACCAUGGCUACCCAGAACCCCCUGAACAAGCAGCUCUCCUACAGCAACACCAAACCGCUGAGUCAUUUUAGCGCCGUCGAGCACAUGAGUCAGAGAAUGACUCCGCCCAUGGCCAACCAGGCCAAGAACACCAUGAUGCCCUAUAUGCAAGGAACAGGGGGUCAGGGCGGAGGGCCGCCGCCCGCUCAAGGCCCGAUGCCCGGUCAGACGGCGCAUCUCACCGAGGAGCAGAAGAGAAUGAUGAUAAUGAAGCAGAAGGUGCUCGGGCAGGGUUUACCGUACGGCUCCAUGCAGCAGCACCCACAGGAACAGGCCAUGGUCGGAAUGCCGCGCCAGGCCGGGAGUGUCCAGCCCCCACACGGAGGAGGAGGAGGCGUGACCUCGGGUGGUCCUAACGGGGCGGGGCCAGGCAGUUACCUGGCCAAUCAGCAGCAGCAGCAACAGCACCAGGCAGCCAUGAUGAAGCAGAUGAUGGCGAUGGAGCAAGAGAAGCGAGUCCAGCUUCAUCUGAUGGAGCAGCAGAAAGCUCAGCUGUUACGAGAGCAGAGGCAGCAGCAACAGCACCACCUGCUGGCAGAACAGUUACAGCAGCAGCAGCCACAUAUUCCCAGACAGAUGAACCAGACACAGAGGAAUCCGUAUCCCCUCCAGCAGUUCCAGGGUACCCAGCAGGAGAUGGCAGCACGAAACCAGGCGCUCCAGAACAUGAGGAACGCUCGACUCUUACAGCAGCAGCAGCAGAACCAAGGGAUGCUCCAGAUGGCACCGGUCCAGAACCCCAACUCCAUGCCCGCUCAGAGCGACAUGGGUAUGGCCUACGUGAGCCAGACGGGCACCCAGGCGGCCAUGUACCAGGGCAUGAACUCAGGAAUGAGCCAGAUGCUCCAGUCACAGCAUCACCCCAACCAGGCCGGCAUGGCCAUGGCACAGAGACCGGCGGGCGGCGGCGGCGGGUACGGACCGGGCAUGCUGAUGAACCCCGCCCUCUCUCAGCAGCAGAUGAAACCCUCCGGCCCGCCCAUGCCGAAAGCCCAGACGCAGAGACUGCAGAGCAUGAUGGGAGGAGGAGGAGGGAGCGGGGGACAGGCGUGGCCCCAGCAGCAGAACAUGCAGACCAUGAGCGGAAGGACUACAAACGACAUGGUGGCGUUUAACAGCAGCCCCGCGUACGCCAUGCAAGGUGGGCAGCCACCACGGAUGCCCAAGCAGCAUUUCACGCAGGGCGUGGUCGACCCGCGCGCCAUAAACCCGGCGGGAAUGAGUGGCGCUAUGAUGUCACACAUGGCCGGACAGUCCGGCCACGGAAGGACCGGUCAGCCGCGUGUGAUGGUGCUGCCGGGCGUCGGACAGCCCGUGCCCAGCAUGGCGGCUUUCGGACAGGGCUCCGCCCAGGCCAUGACGGGGCCGGGAGGCGGGGCUUAUAUGACAGGCGGGCAGCCGCAAGGCUACCAACGGACAUCCGGUCAGGACCUGGCGUACGGUUACGCCGGCCAGUCUGGAGGCACGGUCGGGGGGGGCGGGGUCUCGUUCGGUUUGUCGGACAGUACGGAGCUCGACUCCACGGACGGUUGGAUGGAGGAGUUUUUCCCCAGCCAAUAG